CCACGUGGUCAUAAACUGGUCAGAAGCAGUAGGAAGAGAGCCAGAGUCAGUGAGUCUCGCAGUGAGUACACUCGAAGUAGUGAGAGAGAAAGAAGAAGAGGAAGGUGUAACGUUGAAGCUCAAGUCCUCUAAGACCGUAAAGAAAGACUCAAAGGAUCCCAUCCUGCUGCUUGAAGAAGCUUCCACACUGAGCAGAAGAAGAGGAAAGCGUAUUAGAAACACUCUUACUUCUUGAAGACUCUCUCUACUCUGGUAUAGUAUCUUCAUUAGAUGAGGCCCUAACUCUAUUUAACCGAAUAUGGAAAACUCGUCAGAUUACGUCACUCUCACACGACCAGCAGAACCAAAUAGCAUCACUCAUUGAUCAUCCUUCCAGUGAUGUCAAGGCCCUAGUGUUAAAGUGUUGGGUGAAAGUGGCCAAGAAAUUUUCAUCAGAGUUUGUUACUCAAUGUCUUAAAGAAACUGUUGAGGUUGUGUACUCUCCUAGUCAUACCCUCCGGAUGGAGUGCUUGAAUCUGAUUGGUCGCUUAAGCCACAGGGCCCCCAGUCAUGAAGCCUUGUUGCUCUUGAUUACUGAGUUUUGUAAUGACAUUGAUCCAAGAGUCCGUAGAGAAGCAAUGAAAGCACUAUUACAGAUGAUGGAAGAGGGUGUAUCCAUUGGUGUGUCUAUAUACAAUAAGGCGUGUGAGUUAUUGAAUGAUGAUGAUGAGUCUGUUCGCUACAUUUCUAUCAAGCUAGUUCAUUCAUUAGGACUCUCUUUGAAGGAAAGUACCAUCCCUCAUUCAAAGGACCCCAGUGUUACUCUAUCAUUAGAGGAUGAUGCAUUCAUAAAGACGUGUGGCAUGGUAACUGAUGGAUCCCUUCAGGUACGCUGUCUCUCUGCUUCUCUCCUUGGCCAGUUCACUAGCGUCAGUGAAAGGUUUCUACUCCAGACUCUGGACAAGAAGCUAAUGUCUCACCUUCGUUAUGUGAAGAGUGAUCAUGAUAGAGCCCGUGAGCUCCACACUCAAGGAUCAUGGGACACUGGUCAACGGUGGGGAGGGGGCCCUACUAAAAUGAACCUGGAUCCAUCUGAGGUUACUCUAAUGAGUUCUGGUUCCUGUGGUGCUUUUGUUCAUUGUACUGAGGAUGAGUUCAUGGAGGUCAGAUCUGCUGCUAUACAGUCAAUGGGUCAGCUGAGUGGGAGGAGCUCUGAGUUUGGCCAUGCCUCCCUUGACUUCCUUAUAGACAUGAUCAAUGAUGAGAUACAGUCUGUUAGACUACUGGCUCUUAAGACACUCAGAAAAGUGAGUGAGUCCAUUAACCUAAGAGAAGAUCAACUGGAGACAAUACUAGGAGUACUACAAGAGUCUUCAUUAGAAAUAAGAGAAGCCAUUCAUGAUCUAUUAUCCUAUAGUCAUGUGACCAGUAGGAGUGGCCUACAGUCUGUUGUUCAGUGUUUGUUGGAUAAUUUAAGGAAUUAUUCGUCAGAUAAGUUAUCAAUAUGGUCGUGUCUGAAGCAGUUGGGUCUGAAUCACGCUCAUCUGGUAUCAGUGUUAGCUCCGGAGCUAUUGAGUAUUCAUCCUUACUACAUGAGCAAGGAACCUGAUAUUAAUGAUCCAGCAUAUACCAGUAUAUUGAUAUUAGUGUUCAAUGGAGCUAGUGUCAUCAAUACACUGACUCCUCUCUUUCCCUCUCAUGUCUUCAGACACCAUCUUUGUCUUAGAGACACUUUACCUCACCUUGUACCACCUAUCAAUGGUUUCUGA